AGCCGCUCCAGCGAACGGACGCAGCGAAAGACGAGCGGGAAAGCCCCAUAAAGAAAAUCGUGAAAAUCGAAAUCGAGCCCAUGACUUAUAUAUAGAGAGCAGUGCGAUUUGUUUACGUGUUUGUCGUGCGGCGAUAGUGUUUGUGCCAGUCGUCAGAAAAAUAUAUACAAAUAUAUAUUCCAAACCAAAAUAUAGUAAAGCAUAAAAAUAAAAUUCAAAAUGAUCAGCUCUACGGAUUACCCAACAAUUGUGGAGACUACAACUCCAGCGGAGGAGCUGUACGCGGAGUUCAUAGCCGCUCCGGCCAGCAGCAUGAGUCCCGCGGCCAUAGCCGAGCACCUGCAGCAGAACCAGAUCACCUUCGAGAUCCCCAGUGCCCACGACCUGCGCCACAUUGACGCCCUCAACUCGUUCAAUGCCCUGCUCCAGCGGAUUGGCAACGCGGCGGUCAACUAUGACCCGGCACCGCCCAGUGGCUGGUCGCCGGAUGGCAGCAUCAGCACCGAACAGUUGUCCAAGUCGGUGGUCUUGGACUUGGCCGAUCUGAGGGAUAGAUCCGAGGAUGCCAGCGAAUCCACUUGGUUCAGUCAGAUCUUUGGCGAGGCAGACAUGCAUGUGAUCAUCAAUUAUCUGUGGAUUGGAGUGGUCACUUCGCUGGUUGUCCUGUCUCUGGUCUUCAUCCUGUUUAGCUGCUACUUCUACAGGAAGUUCCGCACUUGGAAGAAAUGCAAUAAGGACAUACGUGCCCAGAUCCAUGCAACCAGCGACUCGUACUCCUCGCACCUGGUCAGCUGCGAUGCCAGCCGCCUGCUGCUGCACCAGCAGCAUCCCCAUCAUCAUCAUCAUCAUCAUCAGCAGCGAAGUGGUGAGGCGGGCUUCUACCAAAUCGAAUCGCCGCCGUGCUACACAAUAGCCACCGGACUGCCCAGCUACGAUGAGGCACUGCAUCAUCAGCCCCGUCACUUUGCCUACGGCAUGAAAUUUGUGUAUCCCUCGCUGGCAGCCGUGCAUCAUCAUCAUCACCAGCAGUCCGCCUGCAUUUCCAAUUGGGAGAAGGACGAGCUGCAGCGGCAGCGGCAAAAGUGCAAGCUGUCAGCGCCAGUAGAGGAGGAUAAAGCGGAAUCCUCCGCAGCUUCAUCUGCAUCCUCAUCUCCAUUGCCAUUGCCAUUGCCAUCGUGCCACUUGGCCGCAGCCAUGCCUGCCAUUUGCAUUAACAUCCCGGCCGAUGGACAGCAGCAGGAGCAGGAGGAGAAGGAGGAGAAGCCAGAGCAGGAGCAGAGCUUACAGCCGGCGGCGGCUGCUGACGAUGAUUGCGCCUCAUUGGUCGUUGUUGUUGCCGCGUGAUUGCCCGGCUGCCGGGCCAGCAUCAUGGGUUAAGUAGGGGGGCCGCCAGGGGUCAGCAGCCGAAUUGCUUAGUCACUUGUAAAUAGUUGCAGCAUCCCCCCGAAACGAUCAGAAAAAAACCCAUUCAGUUUCGUUUUUAGUUAGUAUCUGUUAUAUUAUUGUAUUACGCAAGACUGAGUAUUAUUUAUUGUACUAUGUAUAGAACCCAAUUGUCUAUCGAUUAAGUCCUAAUGCCUAAGUGAGAGUGGAAAAUAUAAACGCCUCGAAAUGAAAAUGAUUGCAAACUGAA